GGGCGGGAGGCGGCUGCAGCAGGCGAGACGGGCGCGCGGUCUCCCGGGCCGGCCUCAUCGCUACUCGGCCGCCGCGCUCCGGGCGUCUCCGCUGCCGCGAGCGCGCCGCCGCCGCCGCCGCCGCCGGGCUUCCCCGCUGCCUGGUCCCGAGAGCUCCCCGCACCUGCCGGAGGGGAGUGGCGAAGUCAAGCCGCGGCUGUCCCAGGGAGCGAGCGCUUCGUCGCGGAGACGCGGGGACGAGACCCCGGGAUGAGCCGCGGAGGGCGGCGCGGGCUCUGACGCUGGUUGGGCAGCCGCUGCUGGCCGCGGGCAGCGCGAUGAGCAAGCCCGCGGAGACGCCCUAGCCCGGUGCACGCGCCGGGCGGAGCGCGCAGGUGGGGCUGCGCCCUCCGUGGUGCGCCCCGCGCGGGUCCCCAGCUGCCCGGAGGAUGGGCGCCAGCGCCCCGGGGCCGCGCGCUCCGCUGCUCCCUCCGCGUCCGCCGCGAGCCCGGAGUCCGGUCGGCGCCCUGCGAUCAUGGACGGCGGCUCCCGACUGGCGGCGGCGCGCCCCCGGGCCGUGAAUGCGACUCGCCCCUCGGCCGCGCUCCCCGCCCGCCCGCCCGCCGGGACGUGGUAGGGACGCCCGGCUCCACUGCGAUGGCAGUUGGCGCGCUGUCCAGUUCCCUCCUGGUCACCUGCUGCCUGAUGGUGGCUCUGUGCAGUCCGAGCAUCCCGCUGGAGAAGCUGGCCCAGGCGCCGGAGCAGCCGGGCCAGGAGAAGCGCGAGCACGCGUCUCGGGACAGCCCGGGGCGGGUGAGCGAGCUCGGGCGCCCGGCGAGGGACGAGGGCGGCGGCGGCGGCCGGGACUGGAAGAGCAAGGGCGGCCGCGGGCUCGCCGGCCGGGAGGCGUGGAGCAAGCAGAAGCAGGCCUGGGCCGCCCAGGGCGCGGGCGCCAAGGCCGGGGACCUGCAGAUCCGGCCCCGCGGGGACACCCCGCAGGAGGAGCCGCCCGCCGCUGCCGCCGCCGCCGCCCAGGACUCGGCCGGCCCGGACUCCGCGCCUGCGACGGAGCCGCCGGAGGAGUACGCGUACCCGGACUACCGCGGCAAGGGCUGCGUGGACGAAAGCGGCUUCGUGUACGCCAUCGGGGAGAAGUUCGCGCCGGGCCCGUCGGCCUGCCCGUGCCUGUGCACCGAGGAGGGGCCGCUGUGCGCGCAGCCCGAGUGCCCGCGGCUGCACCCGCGCUGCGUCCGCGUGGACACCAGCCAGUGCUGUCCGCAGUGCAAGGAGAGGAGGAACCACUGCGAGUUCCGGGGCAAGACCUACCAGACUCUGGAGGAGUUCGUGGUGUCCCCCUGCGAGAGGUGCCGCUGCGAGGCCAACGGGGAGGUGCUGUGCUCCGUGUCUGCGUGUCCCCAGACGGAGUGCGUGGACCCCGUGUACGAGCCCGACCAGUGCUGCCCCAUCUGCAAGAACGGUCCCAACUGCUUCGCGGAGACGGCCGUCAUCCCGGCCGGGAGGGAGGUGAGGACGGACGAGUGCACCCUCUGCCACUGCACCUACGAGGAGGGCACGUGGCGCAUCGAGCGGCAGGCCACCUGCACGCGGCACGAGUGCCGGCAGAUGUAGCCGCGGCCGCGCGCCGCUGCCGCCCCGGAGGGCGCUCCUGCCGCGGCCGCGCCGGCGGGCACUGCGGAAGGCCGCUGGAGCGGAGCGGACUGUGGAUGGGGAAGAGCGGAAAACUGUCGGCCCUUUGGCUUUUCCUGGAAACGGCCGCUGCAGGAGGGGGAAGUGCGCGCAUUUCAAGGCACGGCCGGGAACUGGGGGCGCGAGGCCCCUCCCCGGAUAAAUGCGCAUUCCCGCGGUGAGUACGCGCAGCGCGCCUUCGCGCGCGCACGGUGUUUCCGCGGCCCCUCAGUCGGGCGCCCGCGCGGGUGUGUUCUGGAGAUGCCGAUUAAAGGUCCGUGCUGCCAACCGUC